AUUCAUAAACAAUCUCUACUUGUGUCCAAAAGAUCAAAGUUGUGCGUAAACACCAGACCUGUUCCAUAGUAUUUUGGUGAGACAGUGCUCGCAUACAUGGAGUUCCAUUUGGACAGUGCAGAAUAUUGCCAAGCUCAACACAAAUAAAUUGUUAAAAGGGGGCAAUUGCCGAUUGAUAUACCUUAGGAACUGACUGGCAGCAGUUGAAACAUUGGAUUUACCUCAUCCGAAGCCAAACCACUGAAAAGUCAUUAAUGCAUUUUUGAGUUAUCCCAUUACCUAGUUGUCCAUUUAAAUUUUUGAUUUCGUUCUCACUUUCAAUUCGCUAAAGCAUAUCAAACUAGUGUAAAUAAAAUCGAAAAAAAAAACAAUAUAUUUGUUUUAAAAGACUGACUAUCCAUCACAAGUUUCUUGAUUUUUUUACUGAUUUACUUUUUGGGGAUCCUUGAAGAUCGGUCUUCUAAAAUUUUGUGAUAUUCAAGUAAACUCGUGUGUCAACGGGGCAUGAAUCAUAGUACCCAAGGACAAGGAAACAUUGCAGCCAUGCGUCAAAAGGAUAUUAGACCAGCUCCUGCAGAGAUCGAAUACAAAGGAUUCAAAUUUCUCAUCACCGAUAGGCCUUCCGACCAAAAUAUCCUCGCUUAUAUUCAGGAGCUGAAGAAACACCGUGUGUCCGCCGUAGUGAGGGUCUGCGAGCCCUCCUACAAGGUUGACGAGCUUAAUGCGCACGGCAUCGAGGUGUUCGACUUGGGCUACGACGACGGCACCUUCCCGCCCAACAAGAUCGUCGACGAGUGGUUCAAGGUGCUCAAGAAGCAGUUCAACGACGACCCCGAGUGCUGCGUGGCGGUGCACUGCAUUGCCGGCCUCGGCAGGGCGCCCGUCAUGGUGGCGCUCGCGCUCAUCGAGCUGGGGCUCAAGUACGAGGAGGCCGUCGAACUUAUCAGAGAGAAAAGGAGAGGUGCAAUCAACGCCAAGCAAUUGGCGUUUCUGGAGAAAUACCGUCCGAAAUCCAGAUUGAAAUCCAAGAAUGGACACAAGAAUUCUUGCUGUGUGCAGUAAUAUCUCUCUCGAUGAAUGUGUUCAAUGAAAAAAUAUAACAGGGCACUUAAAUAUAUAAAUAAUUUCGGUAUCAUAUGUGUGAAAUAUACGUAACUGCUUAUUUUAUUGAAAAAAGAGAAUAACAUUGAAAAAUAAUUUUUGUUUAGACGUGAUGUUAUAUAGUCAUGUUUUGUGUUCAAAGCUUUGAUUGGAACACUGUGAUUAUUGAAAAUAUUAUUAUUUACGUAUCGAUCUUCAUGCCGCAUAGAUAAAACAUUGUUAACGGUCUUUCAUUAAUGAGGAUAACUAUUGAAUGUAUUAAAUGUUGAAAUAUUGUCAUCGUGUACCAACUUAAUAUUUAAUUGAGCUGUUUUAUCAUUGUUAUUUAUUUGAUUGAUGAUUGAUAGAAUGAUUUUUAAAAAUUGAUUGACAGAUACCUACUAUUUGUUUAGAAUUUUAUUUCUAGUUGAUUUAUCUUAGUAGUAUCUUUUCCCAUGAUUAUAUUGAAUUUUUCAUCACAUUUAUUGCUGAGGAAAUUUUGAAUUAAAUUUUGCAAGUAUAUUGCAGUCAUUGAAUCACUUGAUGUUCACAUUUUAUGUAGAUUUCUGGACAAAUAUAUUUUAUUAUCAUU